CCCAUACGCAUGUGAGGCUGGUAGCUCCUUCCAAGUCCCUUCGCCUUAAGCUUGGACCAUCUGAAAAUCGAAGGGCAACGACGCCAACCAACCGACCAAGACACGGCGGCCUGCCAUCCAUCAAAGCCUUUUCACUUUCCGCCUCAUUAACGCAAGUAGAAGCUGAUCUUCGCAUCCUACAACAACGCGUUUCUCGGUCUCUUCUGCCAACAUGUCGGAUAUCGAAUCUCUCCCCGAAUCGCCGUUGCCUGAUCGCGAUGAUCAUCUCGACAAUGAAGAACCUCGCGAGGGCGCCGGUGGCGCGACUGCCACCGAACUUUCCGACGACGACCAGCUGUCGGAAAUGGACGAGGACCAGUUUGAGGACUACGAUCCAGAGACAGCCAAUAUCGAAGACCGCCCAGUUGCCGUUGACGAAGACGUGGCAAAGACUCUCAAGGCGUCGAAGCGGAAGGUGGCAGAUGGUGCGAAAGCGAAGAAACCGAAGGAAGGACGCCGAGAGAAGAAGAGAUCACGCGAUGAUGAGGUUUCCGGCGAGUUGGAAGGCGAAUCGGGACGGCCUGCUCGCAAGUCGAGGCGCCAGGCCGAUGGCGAGAGGAAGCCCCGACCCAAGGCUGCUGAGCCUGAGAUUGACGACGAGUCCCAUCUUAUUCCGGAGGAGCGCAGACGGCGCGCGAUCGACCGGGCGCUGGAUGCUGCCAUGAAGGGUCCUGUGAAGAGGAAGAAGAAGAAGGACGAGAUUGACCUGGAGGAUGAGAUUGAUGAGCAGAUCGCUGAUCUGAAGGUCGCAAUGGAAAAGGCUUGCGAGGCCGACAACAGCGCUCGCGAGGCCGGGCAGCCAGCCGUUCACAAGCUGAAGCUCUUGCCUUCGGUUACCGGCUUGUUGAACAGAAACAACAUUCAGCAUGCCAUUCUCGAUCCCGAUACCAACUUCCUGCAACACGUCAAGUUCUUUCUCGAACCUCUGAAUGAUGGCAGUCUGCCCGCGUAUAACAUUCAACGCGACAUAUUCAGUGCGCUCAUCCGACUUCCCAUCGAGAAGGAGGCGCUCCUUAGCAGCGGCAUCGGAAAGGUUGUCUACUUCUACACACGCUCAAAGAGACCGGAACCGAGCAUCAAGCGCAUGGCUGAGCGUCUCCUUGGUGAUUGGAGCCGGCCUAUCCUCAAGCGGACGGACGACUACAAAAAGCGGCACGUCGAGACACGCGAUUUCGACUACGAAGCUCUCAAGAUGUCGCAACGCCAAGCUGGAAGCUCCCAGUUCACCCUUACCCAGCGGCCCUCUCAGUCUGCUAGAGAGUUGGAGCGCGAGGCCAUGCUAGCGCCUGUCGUUUCCUCGAACCGUGCUCGCCCUGGCGGCCUCCCUGACAGCUACACGAUUGCGCCCAAGAGUACGUAUGACGUCUCGCGGGCCCCUGAGCACCGUCCUAUUGGCGCUGGUGGUUUGGAGGCUUUCCGCAAGAUGACACAGAACCGCAAGAAGCGGUAAGCGAGCUGCGAGAAGGAUGUUUCUUCUUUUUCUUCCUUUUUUUGCAAUGGGAGAGACAGUCGCAACCUGUCAUGGCGAGCUCUGCUCGCCGGCAGGCUGUGGGGAUGAUAAGCCUCUCCCCACACGGUUCAAAUGAGUUUCCAGUCGGUGGGCUGAACACACAACACUUGUAUUAUUCAGGCACAAAAGAAAGGCGUUCAGGGUCACGAUAGACAGAGAUAGCAAAGGGAUGCAAUGGAUGGGUCGAGAAAGAAAGCCGCAUUUUCAUGCGAAAUUUGGCGUAGUGAGUCUAUCAGAAUGGCAUUCUCCUUGA